AUGUCUCAUCCAAUUCCGUCAGAAUUCGAUAUCGUUUUUGCUGGAGGCGGUACUACAGCCUGUGUUGUUGCAGGUCGCUUAGCUGCAUAUGAUCCCUCGUUGAGGAUCUUGAUUCUGGAAGCGGGUCAACACACCCUUAAUAAACCUAUUCAUGUGCAACCCUCCCAAUAUCCCUUCAAUCAACUACCUCCGAGCACCACGGUCACAUUCAACAUUGGAAAUCCAUCUCCUCGUCUCAACGGCCGUGUACCGAUUGUUCCUUGCGGUCGCUGUGUCGGUGGAGGCUCAUGUGUGAAUUUUAUGGUAUACACUCGUCCACCUGCUUCGGACUAUGAUGAUUGGGGAGUCAAUGGUUGGGAAUCCGAGAGUUUGAUUCCCCUCAUGAAGAAGCUGGAGACAUAUGAGGUGCAGCCCGAUCUUCCAACCCAUGGCUAUAACGGACCUAUCAAAGUGUCUUCCGGUGGGCAUAAAUUGGGUAUUUCCGACGAGUUUAUCCAGGUUGGUACGACCUAUCACAAGAGGCAGUAUGCCGAUGACACCAAUGAUCUAGAAACAUGCAAUACAUACGGUAACUGUCUCAGCCAUGGCGGAAGUGAAUAUAUUGAUGGGACAACCGGAAGGCGUUCGGACGCGGCUCACCACUAUAUCUACAACCAAGCCCACAACUCGAAUUUACAAGUCUGGGACGGAAAGCGUGUAAAGCGUAUCAUUUUCGAGGACAAGCGUGCUGUAGGUGUCGAGUUCACCAGCGACCCGGUGUCUUGCCCAGACGCGGAUCGGCCGUCGAGUAUUGUGAAAGCAUCGAAACUCAUUGUUGUCUCUGCUGGGGCGUUCGGCUCCCCGACCAUUCUGGAGAGGUCUGGGAUUGGUGGCGAGGCGAUUCUCAAGCGGUGCGGUAUCGAGCAACUAGUGAAUUUACCUGGCGUCGGAGAAAAUUAUCAAGAUCACAAUCUCGUUAUUGUUCCAUACUUGGCUGCCGACGAUGCUGUUACCAUGGACGCCCUCUGGCGUGGGGAGAAAAGCCUUGCACAAUGGAACAGCAGCGGCAAGUCAUUGAUUGCACAAAAUGGCCUCGAUUCAAAAAUCAAGUGGCGUCCUGAUGACGAGGAAUUAAAGGCCAUGAAUCCAGCUUUUCAACCACGCUGGAAGGAGUUCUUCCAGGACCGCCCAGAUAAGGUUGUUGCAAUAUUCACUGCCUUUUCAGGGCCGCUCUCGAGUAUCCUUCCUCCUCGCAACUACAUGAGUGCCGGUUAUUAUACACUUUACCCUGUGUCUAUUGGAAGCGUUCAUGUCAAGGUGACGGAGGAUGGCAAAGAAGGAAUGGACUUUACUACAGGCUUCCUAGACGAUCCAUCCGAUAUUGUUCCUCUUGACUUCGGAUACAAGAAGACGCGCGAAAUUUUUCGACGCAUGGCUUCCUAUCGAGGUGAAGUCGCUGCUGGCCAUCCUGAUUUCCCAGAGGGAAGCGCUGCAGCCUGCAGAGAAGCUUCCGGGCCGGUGGACUUGAAUGCGCCUGACAUCGUCUACACUGCCGAAGAUGACGAGGCGAUCAGUCAGUUCCACCGCGACAUCGUGCAAACAUCAUGGCACUCGCUUGGGACUUGUGCCAUGAAAUUGGAGGCAGAUCAAGGAGUCGUCGACGCUCGGCUAAAUGUGUACGGCUUAUCGAACCUGAAGGUCGCAGAUAUGUCCAUUGUGCCGUUGAACGUUGGCGCGAACACGUAUUCAACCGCACUUCUCAUCGGAGAGCGGGCUGCAAUGAUCAUUGCUGAAGACUUGGGUAUCAAUUGCAUUUGAUAUGCAUCGCCAGAGAUGUAUAUAAUUAUGAGUACAACCUAUUUAGCGGAUGUUUUUGUGAUGCAACGAGCGCCAGCUGCUGGGCCCUGGCAAUAUGUGCUAAGUUACUUGGAAGUUUUCCUCGAACAAAAAACAACUCUACUGGCUGAUACCAUACUUAUCUACAACUUGAAAGCCAGCCCGGUAUGCACUAAAGCUACCGCAUAGUACGUGAUAUGUAUUAUAAUGUAUAGCCGCAUCAAU